GAACAUUUUUUUUAUUUAAAACGAAUCAUUUUAAGAAGACCUAACACACAUAUUUUCCAAAUAUAUAUUUUUAUCACCAAGAAUGCUGAUAACCGUUGAUUAUUCAUAGAAAAGAUCAAGUUUAGAACUAUUUUAUGGCCUCAUCGUUGGCGGAAGAAUAUUAUUGUUGUGUUCCGCGGUCGAUCAGAUGUUCGCAAACUCAAGUUCUGUGAUUUUUGAAAGAGUAUAAUUAAAGUGUAUUAAUUGGACCUUCAAAUCGGAUUAAAUCACAAGCGAGCCUUUUGUCACAUUAAUUGCUUAUCACCCAUCCGUGGCAAUUUGGAAAUUAAGAAACAAGUUCCUGAAAGGCCGGAGUCGCAACUCCAAGAUGGCCACAGUAGGGGAACAAAUGCAGGUGAGCAACCACACAAUAGACAAGGUGACCCGCGCCAAGGUCACGCUGGAGAACUACUACUCCAACCUCAUAUCACAGCAUGAGGAGCGCGAAACCAGGUACCGCACCCUGGAGAAAACUAUGGAGGAAGAUGGACUCUCUGACGAACAGAAAAGUCAAAAGCGCCAACAGCACGCGGUAAAAGAAACAGAAUUCCUCCGAUUGAAACGCUCAAGACUCGGUGUGGAGGACUUUGAGCCGCUUAAAGUGAUCGGCAAAGGUGCCUUCGGAGAGGUUCGUCUUGUACAGAAACGGGACACUGGUCAUAUAUACGCCAUGAAAAUAUUACGAAAGGCAGAUAUGCUAGAAAAAGAACAGGUGGCCCAUGUGCGCGCAGAGAGGGACAUCCUAGUGGAGGCGGACCAUGAAUGGGUCGUGAAGAUGUACUACUCAUUCCAGGACAAAAUCAAUCUUUACCUGAUCAUGGAGUUCCUGCCAGGGGGCGACAUGAUGACCUUGCUGAUGAAGAAGGAUACCCUGACAGAAGAGCAGGCCCAGUUCUACAUGGCCGAGUCCAUCCUGGCCAUCGACUCCAUACACAACCUGGGCUUCAUACACAGGGACAUCAAGCCAGACAAUCUCCUCCUCGACUCACGGGGCCACAUAAAGCUGUCCGACUUUGGUCUCUGUACGGGUCUCAAGAAAUCACACAGGACAGAAUUCUACAAAGAUCUCUCACAUGGAAAGACUGGCAAUUUUAGUGAGUUUGCAGCCAAAACAUCCCAUUUUAAUUUGAAUCCUAUGGAUUCCAAACGAAGAAUGGAAAGUUGGAAGAAGAAUAGAAGACAAUUGGCCUACUCAACGGUUGGGACUCCAGACUAUAUAGCCCCGGAGGUGUUUAUGCAGACGGGGUACAACAGUUCCUGUGAUUGGUGGUCACUGGGGGUCAUCAUGUACGAGAUGUUGAUAGGUUACCCGCCGUUCUGCUCUGAGAACCCUCAGGAGACAUACCGCAAGGUGAUGAACUGGAGAGAGACCCUCGUCUUUCCUCCCGAGAUGCCCAUCUCUUGUGAAGCCAAAGAUCUCAUUCAAAACCUGUGUUGUGAUCCUGACCGCCGGCUGGGCUCCCGGGAACAGAUCCAAAGUCAUGUGUUCUUCCGGGGCUGUGACUGGGAACACAUCCGGGACAGACCCGCAGCCAUUCCUGUUGAGAUUAAAAGCAUCGAUGACACUUCCAACUUUGAUGAAUUUCCAGAUGUUGACCUCAAGUGGCCUACCAAUCAGAAGGCAGCAGACUUUCAUAAAGAAAAGGAAGCGAACAACAAGGACUGGGUGUUCAUUAACUAUACAUACAAACGUUUUGAAGGCUUACCGAAAUCCUGGCAGGGCAAGAGUUAGCUCACCUUUGCUUAUGAAAGUUCAUCUUCAGCGGGGAUAACAGACUGUGUUAUUGUGAUACUAAACAAUGCUACUGAAUUCGGGUUGUGCUCUGGAAACUAGAGCUUAAUGCAUGUGGGUUAAGUGUCAUCCCAGUUAAGAAUGUGCACUCUUCACAGGCUAAUCAUGGACUUUCCGCUUUUUAUGGAAGUUUUUGUUUAAAUGAAGUAUCUUCUAAAGGAAAAUCCAGUCGAGGUGGAAAGUGUUGGUCCUGAUUUGCUUAUAAUUAGCUUAUGCUGACUGCGCAGGCUUAUCUGGUACAAUUCUUUAUGCACAUACGUUAAGCCUUGUUGUCCUAGAGUGCGGCUUAUUUAUAUUUAAUGUUUAUGCUGGCAAAUUAUUUUAAUAGUUAUGUUCACACUACUUGGUUAAGUUUGUUAAAAGCACAUUUGCAAAGUGUUUUGAAAACAAUUGCAUUUACAGAGUGGUUUGAACAAGAUUCAAAAUAUUUAUUCACUUAGCAGAUCAGUAAAAGUGUUUUUUUUCACCAAGAAAUAAUUUUAGAUAAUUUUAGAAAUUCCUGUUGUUUUCCUGACAAAGCAAUUCUCAAUUAUUGCUCAUUCCAUGUCCUUCUAACACAUUUAAGGACCAUGUUUAUAAUAAAUUAACCUGGGAUUAGUGUAAAACAAUAUGGUACCACUAAAACUGUUCACUCUUGUAACAUUAUCGUGUACUAUGAGCAUAAUUUUGUUUCUGAUGUAUUUAAGUCCUCAAUCUUUGUGAUCACAUUCAUUUCAAGACAUUUAUUAUUUCAUUGAUAAUCUGGAGGUAUUACUGAUUUUAAAACUGUUAUCCUGAUUUUCUCGUGGAUUGCCAAACUGAAUAAAUAUGAGCUCAGUCUAAUCGGGGACAGAAUUUCCGGGUUUAUGGUAUUUUUUUUUGUUAAGAAAGUCUCUUUUUAGCAAAAAUCCAGGUCAUAAGGAAAGUGUCGUGUCGGAUUAGCCUGUGCAGACUUCACAGCCUUAUGGGGGACAAUAAUUGUGCAUGUACAUUAAGCCUGGUUCUUUCAGAGCGCUGCCCAUAUGAAUAUAUGUUAGUAACAGAUUGACAGAUUGUGCUAUCUAAUGGAUGCUUUAUCAUUCAUUAAUGCCUAGAUUGUUUAUCUACAGCAGUUUACUAAUAAAAUCUGGUUUUAAAUUCAAGUGAGUGGGACAAAUAAAGUCUUUUGCAGAAGGUUUUAACAUGUAAAAUCUGUUUACAUACAAAAUUCCUUUAUAAUUUAUGAAGAUUUGUUGUUUAUUCAGUAUUGAAUAUGUUUAAUACCCAGUGACUUGACUACAUUGAGGAGUUGACUAUUGAUCUAGGUGAAAUAUUGUCAUGCAGUGAUGUUGCUUAUGUAUAUCAAUAAAUUGCAGUUUAACAUAUCAUUAAAACAUGGCUUUAAUAUAUGUGUGUAAUAUGUGUAGAAUUAUAUGUAUAUAUGUGUAGGUAUAUUGUUAGCAAGUUUGUUUUCGGAGAAAACCCGAGCUAUUGUCAUAGCCAGCUGGUCGUCCGACGUCCAACGUAGGCGUCGUGCUAAAACCUUAACAUUGGCCAUAACUUUAUUUUAAAAUAUUUAAGAUAGCACCUUGAUAUUUGUCAUGCAUGUGUAUCUCAUGGAGCUGCACAUUUUGAGUGGUAAAAUUUCAAGGUGAACAUCAUCCUUCAAGGUCUAGGGUAGAAAAAACAAUGUCAAGGGAAGUAAUAAGCUUUAAAUGGACAUAUUUAUCUGACCUGCCUAGGUAUAUAUUUUUGUUAAAUAAAUCAAAGCGGCGCAGUAAGCGGCAAUGUGUUUCUGACAAACACAUUGUGGUAAAAGGUCGAGGUCAUCCUUUACGGUCUAUGGUAAAAAAAUACAGAUUUUAGGGAAGUAAUAAGCUUUAAAAAGGGAGAAAAUUAUUCAAUAUUGAACAAAGCCACUUAUAUAUAUUUGGGAUGCAUGUGGAUCUCAUGGGGCUGCCCCCCCCCCUCGGAUGGAUUGGACAAAAUUCAAGGGAAGUAAUAACCUUUAAAGGGAGAUGAUUUCUAUACCUGCCAAAUGAUAAAUCGAAAUGUUUUUUCAAUGCUGCGCAGUAGGGGGCAUUGUGUUUCUGACAAACACAUCUCUUGUUGGGUCACUAGGUCAAAGGUCAAGGUCACUGUGACCUCUAAAAAAAAAAAAUCUGACAAGCUUUCGCAGCCGAGCCUGGCACCCGUUAUGCGGUGCUCUUGUUAAUAUUUAUACUCGUUGUAUGAUGCAACUUUUGCGUUGUAUGAUGCAACUUUUGCGUGAGGUGAACUAGAAGACGGCCCAAUGAGAUUCUGACAUGAUUAUCUGAAUAGGAGCCACUUUCUGGGAACUCUGGCUUGAUGCACCUGUGGUAAGUGUCUCCCAGAUUAGCCUGUACAGUCUGCACAACACUAUCUGCCUAAAGUGAAUUUCACAACCUAGAGACUUUUUUAACCGAAAAAAAUACAUAAAGCGUUGUCCCUGAUUAGCCUGUGCAGACUGCAACAGGCAAAUCUGGGCUGAAACUUUAUGCACUUGCAUUAAGCCCCAUUUUCCCAGAGGGAGGCUCAACUGUGUUCAGAUCAACCCCAGUUCCACAAGAGUCUGAAUUCACCAUAUUGCUGAUACGUUUUAGUGCUGACAUUUGAAAAAUGUGCAUUUGUGAAGCUGCUGGUGUUGUUUUUUCAUAAAAAGUUUUUAAUACUGGUAACAGAAUUGAAGCACUUACUACUCUGCUUUGUCAGUGUUAUUUGUUGUGCUUUUUCAGCAGAAGUUUCAAAGUGUUUGUAUUAGUUGGUCAUCUAGUCUUUCAAUGAUGUAUUCAUAUCAGCUUGUUGAGUACUAUAGCAUGUUAUGCAAGUAACGAGUCUAUUGUUUGUGGGGUUUUUCAUUUUGAAAACCUCCCGAAAGCAAGGUGUCUGAAGACAUGCCAAGCCAUGUACGAGUCUAAAUAAUGUUUGAUUAGCUUAAAUCUAUUUGACAGGGCAACAUUAUUUUCAAGAUUUACAAAAAUGUGUGUAUUUAUAACUCGUUUUUAUUCCAUCAGGUUAUGAGAUGUUUUCUAACCUUUUUGGGAUUGUGUGGUAUUAAGAUUUCCAAAAACUGUAUGUGUUACUAUAUUUAGUACCAGAUUUAACUACAUUGCAGUGCAGUGUAUUUUUGGAUCAUUUAAAGAAUACAUUGAGUGUUUUUGUUCCAAAAUGAAUUUAGCUAGUAAUUUGCUGUUAAAAUGAUGUACAUCUUGUUUAUUUUUAAUUGUAUGAGGUCCUUUGGAAAUGUUACUUCAUGGGAAGUAAUUCAUGUAAAAUGUAAGAGUUAAGUUUAUGGGAUUAUCUCUCCUGCACAUUUCAAAUUUACAAAAUGUUUUCAGUAUCAGACAUUAUUAAACUUUUUAAUGAAAUGCCAAUAUUUGAACUAACAUUUAUAAAUUGUUUAUUUAACAACUCUGUGAUCACUUUAGCAAGUUGAAAACGUGGCCUUGAAACCAAGUCAAACAAUGUGUUCAAUGAUUUUAUAUCCUAUUUGCAUAAAGAGAUCAAUAUGUUCUGAAUAGAAAACUAAAUUGUGUCUACCAACUUAUGGUUGCAAUAGAAAUUUAUAUAGCUAUACAUGUGAAGACUUAACCCUUUUCCUUUCAGAUGCAAAAAGAAAAUGGCUAUGUGCAAACAUCAUAAAACCAUAACAGCCUGCAAGUAACUUGCAGUCUGCUCAGGUUUUAUGCUGUUUGAACCUCACCAGUAUCUAAGAUUUUGAAAUGAAGCCUUUAAAACUUGAAUCUAGUAAGAAAGGUCAUUAAUAAAAUUUAACUAUCUAAGGGAUCAAAAAAAUGUCAAAAUAUGUGUAAAGUGGUAAGUGUUAAUGGGGACUUAAAUGUACUGUACGUCUUUAACUUCAGUGAUGAGCAGAUUUAUGAUAUUAAAAAAAUUUUGAAUUUUUGUAAGCUCUCAAUAUUAUCUCAAUUAACAAUGCUAGAUUUACGCCGCAAAUUUGUAUGAAUGUCAUUUCAGAAAAGUUCCAUCAACAAUUGUAUAGACAUGUGCUAUACCAACAUUCCAUAUCUAUUUGACUUGGACAACCAAUGAGCAUCGUUCUGGAAAAACUGGGCUUAAUGCACGUGUGUAAAGCGUCAUCCAAGAUUAGCCUGUGCAGUCCGCAGACUAACCAGGGACAACUAUCUGCGCUUUUGUAAUGCAAUUUUUUGUUUAAAGUGCAUAAUCUUCUGAAUGAAAUCCAGUGAAGGAGGAAAGUGUCAACCCUCAUAAAAAUGUGCACACUGCGCAGGCUAAUAUUGGAUGGCACUUUACAUACAAGCAAGAAGCUCGGGUUUCCCAGAUUGUGGCUCUGUUGUAGAUUGUGAAGGUGUAGAAAUUGUCGUAGAAUACUAUAUGCUUUAUGUUAAUUAACCCUCUCCCACUCAGAAGCAGAGUGAAAAUGGCUAUGUGCAAACAGCAUAAAACCAGAACAGCCUGUGAGUAACUCGCAGGCUGGUCAGGUUUUAUGCUGUUUUUUGCCCAUCAGUAUCAUGGGGUUGGAAAUUAAGCCUCAAACUUGAAUAUAUCAAGAAAGGACUUUAAAUGUGUCAAAGUGCGCUUCUGAGUGGUAAAGGGUUACAGCUUAGUCCCUCCAUAACAAGUCAUUUGUCUUUUCAGUUUUUAUUUGUAAUAGUCAUUUUGAUGUGUUUGUAUUUUCAUGUUUCCUUUGUUUUAUUAUUGUAUGUUAUUUAGCACUUUUGAUUUUAGCCUGUAAUAUGUUUCAUGGCACUCUUUGGUAUUUUUUUGUUGUUGUUCAAAAGGUAACGAUCAAGUUAAUAUCUGGGGUUAAUUUGUUUCGCAAAAAAUGUAAUGUGUUAUUGUUGUUAUUGCUGGUAAGUGUGUAAUAUAUUACUAAGCACUAGUUAUUUUAUGUUAAUAUGGUAAUUCUAGGUUUUGAGUGUAAAACUAUGGUAUCUGGUAUAGAUUUGUGAUUGAGAUGCAGUAGUUUUACAAUCAACCUUUUACUUACUGUUCUGUGAAAUACGGAUUAUUAAACAAACUUUUGUGCUGAAGAUCUCUGAGAGUAUAUCUACAAAGGGAGGACAACUUGUGAUGAGUUAACAUGGCUGUGAGCCUCGCUCUGGGAAAACCAGGCUUAAUGCAUGCUUGUCAAGUAUUCUCUGGGAAAACCAGGCUUAAUGCAUGCAUCUCAAGUAUUUUCUCAUAUUAGCCUAAGCAGUUAUCUGGGAUGACACUUUCUGGUUAAACUGAAUUUUUGCAAUGAAGGGGCUUCCUUUAAAAUAAAAAUUCCAUGAAAGUGGAAAGUUGUUUUCCCUGAUUAGCCUGUGCAAACUUCACAGGCUAGUCUAGGACAACAUUUUAUGCUUAUGCAUUAAAUCUUGUUUUCCCGAAGCGGCUCAGAUAUUAUCUCUGUGCAAAUUAACUGGGCUGGGAAGGUGCCAUGAUUAUUGAACUGUUGAACAUUUUGUUGUUAUUUGAUUUCAUUAACACAAAAAUAAUGUUGAUUAAAUUGUUAAUAAACAUA